ACUGGCUGGAAUUAAAGUGAACUUCUACUGAUAUUUUUGUUAUCCAACACUGUAAUUUUGAAGAGCCGCAAUCAACAAGUAACCAUGAGCGUCCCAACACCUGAUUCCGAAGACGACGAUUGGUUUAACCAGGAUGAGGAUGAGCUCGUCCAGGGUUUGGAGAACAGGGUAAAGCAGCGGCAGCGGGAGGAGAAUGAAGAGCACAUAGAAUGUCAUGAACCCAAAAUGGGGAAUUACCUAAAGAAGCUGAAUCUGGAGGCCAGUGCUACGGAUGGGGGCAUCAAAGUUGCCGCCGAUCGGUUCUCCCUGACUGACUUCACCAAAGGCCUAAAGAUGUCCCCCAUUGAUAUGUUCUUAUACUUCUUCUCCGAAGAUAAAGACUUGUUUAUCAACCAACUGGCGGCCAAUGAUAGCUUGAAGCGUGUCUCCCUCUUUGUGGAGGUUUUGAAGUCACUCUGCCAACUGGAAUUGGGCGGCUUCGAUUAUGUAUUCCUCUCGACUUUCGCCCGGCAUUCAGUGCUGUUGGACAAGAUCAAGCGUCUGCUCCUGACCCUGCUGGCAAAGGCUUCUGGAGGGAAAUGCGAUGCCGAAUCGGAACCGAUCUUGUUGGGAAACAUGAAGUGGUUGCUCUUGCGGGCCCAUAAACAAGGGGUUCUUGGCCCUGGAGGGUACGAACUGGUGGAUCUCUACAAGAAGCUGGCAACUCUCUCAAAAUGCGAAGCGUUCGAUGAUCUUGAAGCCUUUGAUGGCACUCUGUCGGCAAAAGGUGUAAAGGAAGAGAUCUACCCAACGUUGGACCAGUUCCUGGGGAAAGAAGACACCAAAGAAUAUUCUGCUGUGUCCAACAAUGUGGAGCAAUACGUAAGAAGGCAGCGGCAGUUACUGUGUCACGACUUUUUAGCUCCAUUACUGGAGUUUGUGCAGCGGCUACGGUCUGGAGAUGAUAAGAAAGAGCUGGAGCGUCAAGGCCUUCUGUGGCCCGGGACGACUUUAGUCCUUAAUCCCGAGUUUGCCGAGUCGCAGCGUCACAGCCUGGUAUUUAUGAGACUAGAAUCUCCAAAGGACCGCAAGAAUAUAAUGAUAAACUUCAUAAAAAAUAUAAAAUCGGGCGCCUUGCUUUGCCUUACAACGAGUCUGGACUUCAAAGAUCUCAUCCUGGUCAGUGUGGGCUACACAGAGCCGAAUAUGCUUAACAAAGGACGCCUGAGUGUCGAAAUUAUCAGGCAGUACAACAUCGGCAAAAUCUACGAUCGACCCCUAAUUAUGUUUCAGACGCCAGUGUUUUUUGAGCCAUACCUAAGGGUUCACAAUUACCUGAGCACCUGCAGCACAGAACACUUUCCCAUGCGUCGCUAUAUUGUGGAAGGAGAGACGGACAUACGACCGCCAGUCUAUAUUAAGCCAGGAGCUAAGCUUACCCUUAAUGGGAAACCCUUUACACUGAAUAACCUUCCGAAGGAUUUGCCAUUCAAUGAGGGGCAGCAAACAGCAUUUACUGAUGCUCUACAGAGAGAAUUCUGUAUUAUACAAGGACCUCCAGGCACUGGAAAAACGCACCUCUCCGUCGAGUUGGUCAAUUGUCUGAUACAGAACGCGAGGGCUUUGGGCACCGGUCCCAUAAUAGUGGUCACUUACACCAACGACUCGCUGGACAAAUUGUUGGUAAAAAUAUCGCGAUACACGACGGAAGUUCUUCGCUUUGGCAGUCAGUCGCGAGACCCACAAAUAGCCAAGUUUAACGUGCGUACCAUGGUCAAUGUGGAGUUGGUGCCACCACGCCUGAAACGGAUUUGGUGGGUAGUAAACUGUGAGUACAAGGAGAAGUUCCAUAGAUUGCAAGACCUCCUUACCAACUUCGAUGGCAGCGAGGAGAGCUACCAACAGACUUUGGUGGCCCAGCACGAGCUGCAACAGGUGACCGAGCGUAUUGAGACACUGCGCACUGUGUUUCAGUACUUUUUGGCCAGGAACAAAGAUCUGCUAGCCAUGACCACCACAUGUGCUGCUCGCCUUAACUUCCUGUUCCGACUCCUGCAGGCCAAGUGCGUGGUCUUCGAGGAGGCGGCUGAAAUCCAAGAGGCACAUAUCCUGGCCUGCCUAACGCCGCACACGGAGCACGUGAUUCUCGUCGGCGACCACAAGCAGCUGCAACCUUACAGCGGCAGCAAUCAGGUGCCUCAGAUCUCCCUCUUCGAACGCCUAAUUGUGACCGGUAUGCCCUUCAGCGUGCUUAAUACGCAGUACCGAAUGCGUCCGUGCAUUGCCCAGCUUCUGGUUCCGACCAUUUAUGACAAGCUUAUCAGCGCGAACUCUGUAAAUGACUACGAAAAUGUUCGUCUCAUGGAGCAGAACUUAUUCUUUGUGCAGCACAGCCAACCGGAGAUGCAAACAACAGACAUGUCCUUUGAAAAUCCAUACGAAGCUGAGAUGAUGGCAAAGCUGGCUGUGUUUCUUGUCGCAGAGGCCGACUACCAGCCCAGAGACAUUGUGAUCCUAACACCUUAUAAUGCACAAAUAGAGUGCAUAGUGAAAAAGCUUCCACGAAAAUAUUGCACGGGUAUCAAAGUAGCCAGCGUUGACAGUUUCCAAGGUCUGGAGGCCAAUAUUGUGCUGCUCUCCCUGGUCCGCAGCAACAAAUCCGGUCAAAUCGGAUUCCUGCGUCAACCUAAUCGAGUAUGUGUAGCUCUUUCCCGAGCUCGCCGGGGACUGUACAUCAUCGGAAAUCUGAAGAUAUUGCAGCAAAGCUGCAAGAAUCUUUGGACACCAAUAGCAAAUCGUUUGACGGAGAAUAUGGCCAUUGGCGAGGCCUUUCCCACAAUAACCAGUGCCUAAAUUGAAAAUGAAAAAAUAAAAGUUAUGUA